AUGGUUCUCGCCUCUCCAGUUCCGCCUUCAUCAUGCCUGCCAGCAUCUUCUCCGAGAGGGUCCUGGACACCGCCUCCAUCAGUACCAACUCCAAGGAAGUCCCAGACACCUCUCACCCCUGUGCCUCCUCCGAGAAGGUCCAUGAGACCUAGCACCAACUGCACCCCAGCGAGGCGGGAAGCUUCAACCUCCAUCUCUGCUCCGGCGUGGCAGGACGCCGCCACCUCCUGUGCUCCCAGCGCCUCUGUGAGAGUUGACGCCUCCACUGCCUCCUGCACUCCGACGAGGGUCGACGCAUCCACUGCCUCCUGCGCUCCGACGAAGGUCGACGCCUCCACUGCCUCCUGCGCUCUGACGAGGGUCGACGCCUCCACUGCCUCCUGCUCUCCGACGAGGGUCGACGCCACCACUGCCUCCUGCCCGCAGUCUCCUGUGUGRAGGGUCUUGGAGGGGAGGAAGUGGUGGUCACCACCCUGGCCACUGUGAUCAUGUUCCUGACUGCAGCUCUGGUGGAAGUGUUGAUCAUGCCUACUACAGUACCAGAACCCACUGAGCCAGAACCAACUCCUGAGCCCACAGAGCCAGAACCAGCACCUAAGUUAAGGCCCCCGGGUCAGAUUGUGAAGUCCCCGGGUCUGCCUGAGUCUACUGAGCCCCCGGGUCUGAUUGUGAUGUCCCCGGGUCUACCUGAGGCUCCUGAAGUCCCCCCGGGUCUGAUUGUGAUGUCCCCGGGUCUGCCUGAGGCUCCUGAAGUCUCCACGCUGGCCUCUGUUCCUGAGGUCCUCAAGACAACCACACCUGAGCUCUCAUCACCUUCAUCUGGUCCUGCUUCAUCUUCAUCACCGUCAUCAUCUUCAGCUGUAGCUUCUGAGAGACCCAUCUCAGUUGCUACAGCUUUUGGUUUUGUGCCACCCCCAUCAUCUCCUGAGCUGGCCCCUGCAGCAGUGUCUCCCGAGCCGACCCCUAGCCGGCCCCUGCAGCUGUGCCUCCAGAGCCGGCCCCUGCAGCUAUGUCUCCCGAGCCGGCCCUUCCUGAGCAUCUUCGUGGCCGAGCUCCAGGCCGUCCACCAGAGCUCUGCCCCCGACGAGGUCGGGUCCACGGCCGCUCUCCAGAGCUCUGCCCCCGACGAGGUUGGGUCCACGGCUGCCCUCCAGAGCUCCGCCCCCGACGAGGCCGGGUCCACGGCCGCCUUCCAGAGCUCCGCCCCCGACGAGGCCGGGUCCACGGCCGCCCUCCAGAGCUCCGCCCCCGACGAGGCCGGGUCCACGGCCGCCCUCCAGAGCUCCGCCCCCGACGAGGCCGG